AUGCUGAUGUUCUCGCUCUUUGUAUCAUGUUUUACUAUGCCUAAUGCUGGUGCCUCUUGUUCCCUAUCUGCUGCUCAAUUUUUGCUGCUUAGGAAGGCUGUGUAUGUGGUUUGUUCUGAGAAUGCACUAUCUUGGAUCAAUUUAAGGUUGCUGCAGUUACCUCAUUCAGGUUUAAGGGUGAAUGAACAUGCCAUUCUUUCUACAUCUACCCAAACGGAAUCUCUUGGCGUUGCCUCAAAUAACACCACCCUGCCUCUCAUUUUCAAGGCUUGUACGACGCUGAAUGCCGUUGAGAAAGGUAAGAAGAAACAUUCUAGUAUUCAGGGUACUAAUUUGGCUAAAGAUGUUGGAGUUGGAACAGCUGUUGUCUUUUAUUGUAAAUGUGGGUUACUCGAAGAGGUCAACCAAGUGUUUGAUAAAAUAACUCAGAGAUUUGGUUUCGUGUAA